ACCCCUCACACAUGCGUAGACGCCGAUCCGCGCGGCCGUGCUGGGUGCGCCAUAUUGACCGCCUUUACAUGGGGAGUGGAGUCGGACGAGCCGCUUGAAAACCAGAACCGCUUCCUGGACGCGUGAGCAUUGACAGUAAUGACAACAAGCGAGUCGACGGCGUAGGAUUUAUUUGAUGUUCUCGUGUGCAAAGUCUUUAAUUCGCCCGCAGUCUCCCUCCUCCUCCUCCCGUUAAGACCGUUUCUGCAUUAACUCGAGUCCAAUGGAUCCCAGGACCGCUUGGAUGCAGCCGGAGCAGAAGGGACCUGCCAAUUCCCUGUGGAUGCACAUUUGGGAAACCUCUCAGGGCUUCGGAGUCGACAACCACCUCCACCGCGACUGCGCGCCGCAAAACGUGAACUCCGUCGGGUCCAACGGCGAGUGCUGCAAAAAGGUGGCGCCGUCCACCGGGUGCGUGUUUGGGAAACUGUCGAAGCGAGACGGCGGAGGUGGAGGAGGCGGAGGUGGGAGGGGACGUGUCCGCAGGAAGGGCUCGCUGUCGCCGUCCUCUUCCUCGCUGGACUCUGAGGCCGAGGGCUCCUCGCCCUCCGGCUCCUCUCUGCGAAUCGAUAGCUUGAACGUGGCGGAGGAGGCCAGUCGCUUCUUGCACUACGGCGAGCUCGAGAUGAACGAGAACAAUCUCCGGCGUCAGUAUCCUCCCACCUCCUCCACCCCUCCUCCUACUACUACUCCUCCUGCGCCGCCUCACGCCGUCCAGCCACACUGUCGCAGCAUGCAACACCCCGGCGGCCACACCCCCACCGGGAUGAGAAACCAGCACGGGAGCAAGCACCAGCAGCAGCAGCAGCAGCAGCAGCCCGGUCGCAGGAGGCACCUGGACCGGGCCCACACUUUCCACGGCGUCGGCACCCCGCUGCUGCCCCACGGCUGCAAUGGCCACCGCGUAGACUCCUGUUGUAGCGUGUGGAAAACCAGGCGCUACAGCCCCGGCAUUAAUGGUCUUCAUGAGGAGAUUGUGGACUUCUUCAACUUCAUGUCCCCGCGGCCGGAGGAGGAGGCCAUGAGGAGAGCGGUCGUGAACCGAAUCGAGCGCGUCAUCAAGGACAUGUGGCCCACGGCGCGGGUGGAGAUAUUUGGCAGCUUCAGCACGGGGCUUUAUCUUCCUUCAAGUGACAUUGACCUGGUGGUGUUUGGAAAGUGGGACCGUCCCCCACUGCAGGAACUGGAACGAGCCCUGCGGAAACACAACGUGGCCGGGCCGUAUCCCAUUAAGGUCCUCGACAAAGCGACCGUGCCCAUCAUCAAGCUUACGGACCAUGAAACCGAGGUGAAAGUGGACAUCAGCUUUAACGUAGAGACUGCUGUUAAAGCUGCACAGUUCAUCAAAAGCUAUCUUAAGAAGUACACUGUUCUGCCGCCUCUGAUCUUCGCCCUGAAGCAGUUCCUACUGCAGAGGGAUCUCAAUGAAGUCUUCACUGGAGGGAUCAGCUCUUACAGCCUUAUUCUAAUGGCUAUCAGCUUCCUGCAGUUACACCCUCGCAUCGACACGCGGCGGGCCAACAUCAACCUCGGCAUCCUGCUGAUCGAGUUCUUUGAGCUGUACGGCCGCGACUUCAAUUACAUGAAAACCGGCAUCAGGGUGAAAAAUGGAGGGGCUUACGCUUCAAAGGAGGAAAUGCUCAAAGCCAUAGGGAGUGAAAACCGGCCAUCCAUGCUCUGCAUAGAAGACCCAAUACAGCCAGGGAAUGAUGUGGGCAGGAGUUCGUAUGGUGUUUUGCAGGUCAAGCAGGUGUUUGACUUUGCCUACAUGGUGCUGAGUCACGGAGUGUCUCCUCUAGCGCGCGCCUACCCCAACAAGGAGUAUGACAGUACUUUGGGACGCAUCAUCAAAGUCAGCCCGGAGGUGUUGGCCUACAGGGACUGGACCAUUAAGAAGUGGGGAGCCAAGCAGUACGCCAAGCUGGAGAACCACGAUGUGGAGACCUGUGAGCAGGACCUGAACAGGCUGAUGCUAGUUUCUCUGGAGGAUCAGAGGGACUCUUCCUCCCCCCUCAGUGCUGACUCCCCUUCGCCGGUCUUCCUCCCGAGCCCUCAACAUCACUCAUCAUCAUCCUCAUCCUCUUCAUGCUCGGUUUCCUCCUCCUCCGGAAGUGACAUAGAGUCUGAUUCUCCUCCGUGCAGUAGUACUGCCAUCCAGCUCCGGCCCCUCCCGCUGUCCUCCGUCCAAUCGGUAAUCCAGAUGGCAACGGACCCGAGGGCCACUCAUCCAGGAGGCUUCAUCCACACCACGUCGCAAGCCCAGACGUCACUCCCAGAAAUUCUCACCAUCCCUUCGCUCGCCGAUUGCCAGUUCUACCAUGAAAACCCACCUUUAAUCGGUGUUGUGCAUCGGCACAUGUCCCAAGGUGCCCACAUCUCCCAGCACACCAACGUCACAAGCCCUCUAUCCAGCCCCCUCCACCAGCUGCACCACCCUCAGAUGGGAGGGCACCAUAGCCACGCGUACGCCAUGAGAUCCAAUUCCCACGGCUCACUUGAGCUGCACAAAGUUGGCUUAGAGCACAACCAAGGUCCAAAUCCCUCUCUCAGUAACUUCAGCCCCCAGCGGCGGUACGUCCCCGAGGGUCCUAACACGGCACCGGCUUUCAGGAACCAGCAGCAGUACAACCGUAACACCUGGCGGCGCAGGAAGAGGGACAAUCUUCCCGUCUCUUAACCGGAUCAGAUGAAAGACCUGUGUGACUUCACUGGCGAUGUGGGUAUUUUUUUUCUUUUUCUAUUAAGGCCUAUCUGGUCUUGGAGCUGUGACGCAUUCAUGACCCUAUUUUUGUCUCGUUGGAGGUUCUCAAAAUCACGCACGGUGUCUACCGAUAUCUGCCAGCUCUUGCGCAAGCACUUAGUGAUGCUGCAAGGCUCUCGCAGACGAAGGAAGACUGUAGAAGGCCUAGUGUCUUGACAUCAGUCUGAUGCUCUAACUCUCAUGGACACCAGCACAUACUUUAACCUUUUUUAAAGAAGGCAACGUAUUGUGCCAUAGUAGUGAACUGAUUAUCCGACGGUGGUCUUGCUAGAAGUUUGGCCUCUUAUUGGGCCUUUUUGAGGUUUUGGCCCCAUCUGGUCUCCUGAAGGCCCCAUCGAGAUACAGAUGGGGCAUUCAGUUAUGAUUCUGAGUUCUUAAGGCUUGGACUCUCUAAGAAUUGUACUAUGGAACCGGAGUAAAGCACUACCUUUUUACCUAGGCAGCACAGCGCUGACUUGAUGGUUUUUGGUGUGAUGGCACAAAACUGACCUUGUCUCAAGUGCUUAAACUGUGAUGACUUUUCUGAAUGUACCAAAUGUUUGUUUGUGUGUUGGUCAUGUGUUUUCUUGUUUGUCACUAAGGGCUUUUUUUCCUCUUCACAUCGGCACUAUUAUCUAUGUUUUUGUACUGUAAACAUUGCCACCUUAUUUUAUGUUUUUGUUCAUGUGCAGUAAUUGCUUUUAUUUAAUUUAUGACACAUUCUGGUUUUAUUUUAGUGGUUGUCCCCACUAUAAGUUUAGUACUAUACAAUACUGAUCUGUGCAAUAGAUGGAUUUGAGGGCCGUGAGUGGUACGUGUGUGUGUGUGUGUGUGCAGCGGAAGGGGAGCUAUGGCAACGGGACAUGACAAAUGUGCCAAAAAUGAUCUACCAUUGAUCUUGCCAGUCGCCUGGCUACAUGUUUUAUCACCACUGCUCAUCUUCAUCAUAUUUUCAGUAGUUGUACUUUUAUUUGGGUGUACUUCCCCUCCAUGUGCUGUGCUGGCAAAAUGCACCUUUUUUUUAGCAGUGUUUACUCAUGUAAUUUAAUAAUUGGUGCUACUUAUUACCAGCAAAGUGCAUUUUCUGCCUUAUAGCUCCUUUUCAUUCUGUUAAAGCAACAGGUUUACUGCAUUCUUAAAUGACCAAAUUGGCCCUUUUUUUUCCUGUCAUAGUUUGUUUAAUAAGCACUGCUGGGUUUACCUGGCUUUUAUUUACCGACCAGCUUGUGGUUUAACGUUCCAGGAAUAGACUAGAAUGAUUGUUGACAUUGCCAUACUUUCACAUUUAUUUAUUUUUAAUCAAAGGGUCAUAAUUGUAAAAGGCUAGAGGUCUUUCCUCUCUCAUAUUUAUAGUCUGCAUUUCUACAUCUUGUAAGACAAGGUUGGAAAGGCAUCAUUUACACCGCAAUCCAUAAGGGGGCCGGCGCAUGGGAUAUCGCAGAUUUACCAUUACUGGAGUUUUUGGUGGAGCCACAACCAAAUUUGGUGAUGGUCAUGCGUUUUUGUUUUUUUAUUUUAAGUCUGAUUUAGUGAUUUCCUCCACCAAUAUGAUAACCUCGACAUGACACUGUUGGAAUUAUAUCCGUUUUCAAUGCCGCUUUUAUCAUGCUCACUGAUGCAUUAUUGCAGCAAUCCAAAUCCCCAGCUCAAAUAUGUGCAAUUAUGGAUUGUGUGUAAAUGACUGACAUGUGUAAGCCGAACACCUUGUUUGCUUUAUUUUUUUUAUCUAAGUUUUUCUAUUUUUUUAAUAAACAUUUUAAAACUCCA